UGGGACGGUUGCCCUGGCUCGCAAGUUGGCCUCUGCCUGCUUCCUUGGCUCCCGGAUUCCAGCCGUAUAGAAAUUCGGCCCGCGCGCGGCGCGGGCUGGCAGGUGCCGCAGCCAGCUGGUUGGGGGCGAUGGCGGCGCCUGGGCCGCCCUUGUCGCAGGUCUUCCCGCAGGGGCAGGCGGCCCCUCCAUCGCCAGGUCCGCAGUACCGUUCGGCCUAUGAGGAGCCCAUCUACCUGCCGCCCCUGCGGGUGACGGCCCCACGGCCGAGGCAGCCGGGGGGCACGGAGUUCUACGGCGCCGUGCCGAAGCACAGCGCCACCUUCGCCUGGUCGGAGCUCUGUGCCACGCCCGGCCCGGAGGCGGCGCUGGCGCCGGUGCCGCAGGUGCCGAUGAAGUCCUGGUACAACUCCUACGUCUACAUGCCCGAGCAGACCACCCACGAUGACCGGCAGUUCCUGCAGCGAUUCGUGAAGGGCCCGGACGGGGAGUGGAUCGACGUGGUGAAGGCGAAUCGUUUGCUGGAAGCCAUGGACGCGGCGCAGCAGCGGCAGAUCAGAGAGGAGGCAGAGCGCGACAUGGUGCUGGCGGGCAUGCGGGGCCUCUCCGGCGGCUUCGGCGGCGGCUUCGGCGGCCUCGGCGGCCUUGGCCUCGGCUUCGGCGGCUCCGGUGCUGGUGCCGAGGAGGCCGAUGGCUCCGACCACCUGGGGAGCGGCGUCCACCGGACGCACUACAUGGACCCGUACUCCGGUGAGGAGCUGAUCGCAUGCAAGGGCCAUCUCCAGACCAGAGAGGAGAUCAUGCAAGAGUGGCUCGGCGCUUCCCCCGGAGCAGUGGUUCGACUUCGACAACCUCCGAGUCCCUUGGCCCUUUUCGAAGUGCGAUCGCAACAAGACGAUCUCCCAACACACGUUUGAUUGGUUCGAUCGCCGCAACAUGUACAUCGCACGUGACUCCGAUUGCGAGCUGGUGGAGAUGCCCAGCGUCUACCUGGAGCGCCACGAGCUGGAGAGGUGGUGGCGUGCCGAGCCGAGCUCCCGCGCCGGAGCCGCCGCGCCGAUGCCGCAGCCGCGCGUGCAGCAAGUGGUCUUCUGAGCGCACGUUUCGUGAGUGCCGGGCAGCCUGCGUUGUGCUGACGUUCUUUGCGGGAAGGUUGGUG